AUGCCAGUAGUUGCUUCACACACCUUACUGGACAACAUGCCAUGUGCUGCACAUAAUGUUCUUCUUUCUCAGAAACUUGCAGAAAACAAUGAUUUUUAUCGAGUUCGUGUUUAUCAUAAGGGAUCAGAAGACAGAGGAUAUGUAUCAACCUUUACCAGAGCUUGUCAGAUAUAUGAGAGUGGUCUCUCUGAGACCUUAAGCAUGAUGGUGGACAGCGCUGGUACCUGGGUUGUUGGUGUGGGCCUCAUCCCCCCUGUGACUGUGUGUCAGGGAGAAGAGCCUGAAGCCAUCCCGGCCAAUCACAACACUACAGUCAUCAUUCGCUCUCCAACACCAGCUCCUGUACCAGACACAGCAACAUACAUUGAGAAGCUUGAGGCAAUGAAGACUGAAAAGGCAGAGGGGAAAGAUAACCGCACAUUCCUAGCAAAAUAUUGGAUGUAUAUUGUACCAGUCGUGGUCAUCAUGGUUCUCUCAGGAGGAGGACAGGAGGGUGGACGUUAACCUAUGAUUUGUCAUUUGACUAAACAAAGAUAUGUUUGUUGUCUGUAAAGUCCUCAGCUGUAUUUUUUCUUUUAUUAUUGUUAAUAUUAUUUUUGUUAUUGCAAGAGGGCAAAUUUCAUAACAGAUUUUUCAUAUUACUAUUUAUAUUCAAAAGUUCAUCAUAACAUUGAGCAAUCAUCUUUGAUACAAAAAAGCAAUAUGAUCUGAUAUGUAUAUACAGAGGCACUGUAUUUUAUUGAGUCUUUGCAUUUAAAAGAAAGGUACAAAAAACGUACUUGUUAGAAUGAGUAAUGCUGAAUUUAAGUCUCAUCAGAAAAGCCUGUAAGGGUUUAAAAUACUAAUGUACAAGUUAUCAUGAAGUUCAGACUUUUAUAAUCCACAAUGCCAGAAACAAAAGACUUCAGCAUACUUCCAACAUCAGCUAUAAUCUUCCUCAAUCUGCAAUUAAUUUGUAUAUUAGACUAUAUUUUUUAAUUCUUCACAUACAGGUCACAAAAUAGGUUUUCUUUUCCUUGAUAAUAACUAUUCAAGUUUACUGUUACUGUAUAAAUAUCUUAAAUCUGACCUUAAAUGAAAAGACUAGAUUUGGCCAGUGAAGAUUUACAGUAAUUCUCUUUACCGUGAAUUAUGUUGCUGUUUAGGGUACAAUAAGUGCACCAUUCCCUUUUAUUUAUGUAUGGAUGCUUGAGUGUGUACAAGUAGCAUGUAGAAAUAAAAGAAUGUUUCCUGAACA